CGCAGUGGGGUGGGGCGGCGGGCGCCAUUCAUUUUGCUCUUCGCUACUCGUGAAUCAGGCUGGUGACGUAUUGAGUCGCUUGCCUGUGCCCCAGUCACUAUGGGCACUGGAAGGAUGGCCACCCAACUGCUGACCAUGAAGGCCCUGGGAUCAGUGGCAUUCAGAGAUGUGAUUGUGGACUUCACCCAGGAGGAGUGGCAGCAGCUGAAGCCUGCACAGAAAGAUCUGUACAGGAACGUGAUGAUGGAGAUCUACUGGAACCUGGUCUCGCUGGACUUAGAAACUAGACCUGUCCUGAAAGAAUCGGACCCACAGGAGGACAAAUGGGAAGACAAAUCAUCCAUUGUAGUGGUGGAGGAAGGACCCACAAGGAAUGGUGCCCAGGCUUAUACCUGUGAAGGAACAGGGGCACAGGGUGACCAGGUGGGGCAGCAACAGGGGAAUCCAGGGACCUGUCUGGGGAAUUUGGAUAUGUCCCAGGUGUUAGCCCCUGAAUGUAGUCAGUUUAAUGUAUUCGUCCACCAAAGCCCUAUGCCAGCCCCACUGCAAUCAGAAGAACCGGGAGGAGACAGGACACACCCAUUCACCAUGUGUGGGAAGAACUCAGGUACUUCUAGCCUCAGUCCUCCCUCCCAACUUUGUGCAGAGAAGAAGACAUACAAGUGCGGACACUGUGGCAAGGCUUUCAGCUAUAAAUCGUCCCUGGGUAAGCAUCAACGAAUCCACACUGGGGAGAAGCUCUUCUCAUGUACCACGUGUGGUAAGCAGUUCACCCUGCAGUCUUCCCUCACCAUCCACCAGCGAGUGCACACCGGGGAGAAACCGUAUGUGUGUGGGGACUGUGGAAAAGCCUUCAGCCAGAAGGCUCACAUCAACCGGCACCAGAGGACACACACUGGGGAGAAGCCGUAUGCAUGUGGGGACUGUGGCAAGGCCUUCAUCCAGAAAGGGAAUCUUGUCCUGCAUCAGAGGACGCACACUGGGGAGAAGCCAUACACAUGUGGGGACUGUGGAAAGUCCUUCAGCCAGAACAGGAGCCUCAUCGUGCAUCGGAGGAUGCAUACUGGUCAGAAGCCGUAUUCGUGUGGGGAUUGCGGAAAGGCCUUCAGCCAGAAUGAGUGCCUCAUCCUGCACCAGAGGACGCACACUGGGGAGAAGCCGUACACAUGUGGUCAAUGUGGCAAGGCCUUCAGGCAAAGCUCCUCGCUCAGGGACCACCUGCGCUUGCACACAGGGGAGAAGCCAUACACGUGUGGUCAGUGUGGCAAGGCCUUCAGGCAAGGCUCCUCGCUCAGGGACCACCAGCGUGUGCAUACUGGAGAGAAGCCCUACAAAUGCAGCCAGUGUGGUAAGGCUUUUAGCAAGAACUCCUCACUUAGGAAGCACGGGCUUGUGCACACCAGGGAGUAGCCUUACCGGUGCUCCAUCUGUCAGAAGCACUUCAUGAUAGGCUCGUCUCUGCAGAAGCACUUGACGGACCACACUGUAGAGAAGCUUUGUAAGUGCAGCCAGUGCGGCAAAGCCUUCAUCAGGAACUUCUUGCGUUCCGUUCAGCACAGGAUCCAUGUGGGAGACAAGCCCUAUGAGUGUGUCAAAUAGGGAGAAACCUUCAGGAACUUCAACCUCACAGGACACGUAGCAGGGAGGUGGGGGAUCUCAGACUGGCAGGUCUUGAGGCCAUGGGCAAGUUCAAAACUGACAUUUGGAUCCCACAGGUAGGACACAAGAGAAGUCCUGCCCUAACAUAGGAAUGGGGUCAUAGGAAUGUGGGCUCUGAGACAGACCACAUCAUACUCACUGUUUGCUUUUGCAGCGUCUGCAUGGCCAUAUGGAAAGUAAGCCCUGCUACAGGUCUGGUAUCUGGGAAUGUGGGUAGGGGCACAUGGCUGCAGACCAAGCUGGAGUGAACUGUCCUAUGAGCUUGAACAAAGCAUUUAAUGUCUCAGGGUCUCCAUCUC